AUGGGUUUCUUCGACAGCCUGAGCCCUCGGGCCGUGGCUACCUCUGCCCUCCUCCUCACCUCCUUCGCCCAAGAUGCCCUCGCUCGCCCCAACCCCGACCCCAAGGCUCCUUGGGUGAAGAACACUGGCUUGGGCAAGAAGAAGAUGGCCAACCACCUCAAACGUGCCAUCAUGGGCGACAGGAGAGCUGUCGAGACGCCCUUCUGCUCCGAGACAUUGGCCACCGAGAUCAAGGCCCCCAAGCCGAACGUUUGGGGCCCUCUGGUGGACGUCGAGGUUGCUUCUGUUGUUGAGUGGCUUUUCGCCCAGGCCGAUCUCAACCUGACCGUCACGGAAGAAGCGGGUGGAUGGGAUAACACCAUUCAACUUGUCGAAGCCAUGUGGCCAAACAAGACUGAUGUUCUUGCCUUCGUGGAUGGCGAUGGCCCUGCGCCGACCAAGUACGCCCACGUUGUUCUCAACAACCGUGCGACGGAAACCCCCCAUUACGCUGAUAUCAUCGUUGGACCCUUGCCCCUUGACAAUGCUACUGCCAAGUGGGAGCCCCUCGAGUAUCCCUACACGAAACAGAACGGUGGCAAGGUGCGCAACCUCGAUGCCGAUUCCGACCGCCUCUACUCGGAGUGGCUCUUCAAGAUCGGUGCCUCUGUCGCCGACAUCACGCUCGAUCUCUGGAACGGCACGGCCAUGGGCUUGGAGAACGACACCCUCUCCAUCUGGGGCAUUGACCCUCUCUGGCAGGAUGACGGCGAAAUCAUCCGCUGGGACACCUUCUGGAACAUCCCUACUGGCGACUUUGAUGACAUGACUCUCUUUCCUCUUGGCCUCUACUUCAGUAGCGAAGUCAGCGGCAGAGACCCCAGCAAGUGGGAGCUUCGUGGGUGGCUGUACAACAGCGUUUUCUAUGCCACUACUGAGGAGUUCCGUGCUGCCUACUGGUCUGAGGACUUCGUCAAGAACGGGCCCAACGUCGAUGGCGACUGGGCUAGAACUGACAAGAACGGAGAAACCCCUGAGAUGGACAAGGCCCAGGGCCCCGUCAUUGUUGCUCCCGCUGGCGCUCGUUUUGCCGUUGACCACAAGGAGAAGUACGUCGAGUGGAUGGACUGGAGCUUCUAUGUCGGCUUCAACCGCGACACUGGUCCUGGUCUUUUCGACAUCCGCUAUAAGGGCGAGAGACUCGUCUAUGAGCUGUCCCUCCAGGAGGCUUUGGCUCACUAUGCUGGCAACGACCCCAUGAACUCCGGCACCGCUUACCUCGACAGCUUCUACGGCUUCGGUCCUUAUACCUUUGAGCUUGUCAAGGGAUACGACUGCCCUGCCUACGCCACUUAUAUGAACACCUCGUUCUACGUCAAUGAGGAGACUCGCACCCACAUCGACAGCCUCUGCUUGUUCGAGUACGUGGCCGACUACCCGAUGCAGAGACACACCACCUCGGACUACGUCUCGGUCACCAAGAACACCUACUUUGUGAUCAGAUCCAUUGCCACCAUUGGCAACUACGAUUACCAGCAGUCCUUCUCCUUCUUCAUGGAUGGUUCUUUCGCCGUCGAGGUUCGCGCUUCUGGCUACAUCCAGAGCGCCUACUUUGCUGGCAAUGAGGACUACGGCUUCAAGAUCCACGACAACCUCAGUGGUUCCAUGCACGAUCACGUUCUCAACUUCAAGGCCGAUUUCGAUGUUCUGGGCACCAACAACUCCAUCGAGCUCAUGAGCAUGGUCCCAGUUUCCAGGUCCUACCCCUGGUCUGCUGGGAAGGUCCGCAACACCAUGGCCCUUGAGCGCAAGUUCAUCGAGACCGAGGAUGAGUCCCGCUUCAACUGGGGCCCCAACUCGGCCACUCAGGUCUUGAUCGUCAACGAGAACGAGAGGAACAAGCACGGUGAGAUGCGCGGCUACCGUGUGCUCCCUUACAUGGGCACUGCUCACUUGACUGUCCAGAACAGCACCAACUUGGGCGUCGCUGCUCAGUGGGCCAACCACGACGUCCAGAUCACCAAGUACAAGGAUUCUGAGCAGAAGGCUUACCACGCCUUCAACACGCAGGAUGUCCAUGAUCCUCCCGUCAACUUUGACAAGUACUUUGAUGGAGAAUCCGUCCGCAACGAGGACAUUGUCCUGUGGCUGAACCUGGGCAUGCACCACGUCCCCCACACGGGUGAUCUCCCCAACACGGUGCAGACCACUGCCCACUCAGGCAUCCAGUUCAUGCCGUCCAACUACUUUGACAUUGACCAGAGCAGACGCACUGUCAACCAGGUCCGCAUCAACUACUUCAACGGCAGCGCCGAGGUGGAGGAGUUUGGCCAGUUCAAGGUCGGCAGCUCCGAGGGCACUUGCAGCACCUGCAAGCUCAACUACACUCCUCUGGAGCCCGAGCACCAGGGCUACAAGGGCGAUGUUGUCAUUCGCAAGUUCCCCUUUGACCCCAACAACCCGUUCUAUGCCACUUCUGGCAUCUAA